UACUCACACUCAUUGGGUGACGUGAGGCUGCCAUGUUCGCCCCGUUUCCAGGACAACGAAAAGCCAAACUAACUAGCUUAACUUCAAAAAAAUUCACAGCAACAUAUUACUGUCGCUUGAAACUCGCUUUAAAUAUGUAUUUCUUGUAGUUAAGGUAAAAAGACGUUGCGAGAGCUGGGGUCGUAAAGAACUACAAACAUGGAUCGUCUCUGGGGGUCGCGGCCCAAGAAUCAGGAGGAGCACAGACAAGACGAGGUUAAGCGGCUGGAAAGAGAGAGGCGCAUGCAGGCCCGUCUGGAGGAAGAGGAGACCGCCGAGAGUAAGAAGUACCUGCGGCAUGCGCAGCAGCAACUCCGGGAGCGGCAGAUCGAGGACGCCCUGAUCAAGGCCGAGGAGGAGAGAGUAAGCAGGGAAAGACAGCUGGAACAGGAGGAGAGAAUAGCCAAAGAACUGGCCCGCAUCGACCACGAGAGAAAAAAAGAUGAGAAAAUGAGGCAGCACAUUAGAGAGAACAGCCUGGAGCUGAGAGAACUGGAAUCCAAGCUGAAGACUGCGUAUUUAAACAAGGAGAGAGCUGCUCAGAUCGCUGAGAAGGAAGCUCUGAAACUUCAGACCAUUCGGGAUGAGGCAGAGUCGACGAAGAGAAUGAAGAGCGAACAGGAACGAGCCGCUGCUGAGUUCCAGAAGCUGCAGCAGAAGCAUCACGAGGAGCUGCUUCGGCACCAGAGGGAGCUGGAGCAGCAGCUCAUGGAGAAGGAGCGUAGGAGACAGGAGGCCUACGAGGAGUUCCUCAAAGAGAAGCUCAUGGUGGACGAGAUCAUCAGGAAGAUUUAUGAAGAGGAGCAGAUGGAGCGACAGCUAAAACUGGAGAAGGUCAAAGCCACACAGCAGCACAUCGAGGAGUUCAAAAGGCAGCAGGCCGAGUGGAGGCGCAUGGAGCAGGAGAAGAUCGAGGCAGAGAACAAACGUAUCUUGGAGUUUGCGAGCCAGCAGCAGCACAUGAAGGAGACCAGAAUGAAUCAGAUGAGAGAACGAGAGGAAGCCAAGGAGCAUCUCCACAAAAUGCUGUGUGAGAAGAUGGAGGAUGAGAGGAAACAGCGCGAGGAGAUGGAGCGCGUCCGUCAGGAGCUUUAUUUAGAGGAACAGGAGGAGGCAAACAGACAGAGAGACAUUGAGGAGAUGGAAAAGAGGAUCAGACAGAGACUGAUGAUGCAGCAGACCCUCCAGGAGCAUCUGGCCUUCAAAGAGAUGCAGAGGCAGCAGGAGAAAGCGGAGGAGGAAGCCUUCAGGAAAACCAUGAUGGCCAAGUUUGCAGAGGACGAUCGGAUCGAGCAGAUGAACGCCCGCAAACGGCGCAUGAAGCAGCUGGAACACAAACGAGAGGUGGAGAAACUGAUGGAGGACAAAAGACGACAGCGAGAGGCCGACAGGGAACUGGAAGCUAAAGUCAGAGCGACUGAGCAGGAAGCGGAGGCGCAGAGGAGAAGGAUCAUAGAAGAGGAGAGACUGAAGCUCCUAAAGCUUCACGCAACAAAACUGCUUGGAAACUUUCCUAAGGACUUUCUCCGCAAAGAUGACCUCGAUCACUUCGAUGAAGAUUUCAGAAAACAUUUUGAAACUCGUCAGACGGAGGAUUUCUCUGAUUAGUCCAGACGGAGAAUGUCCUCCUUCAGUUGGCCACCAGGGGGCAGUUUAAGGCUGAUGUGAAUCUGUUGCAGAUUAAGUGACUCGUUUUUUUUUUUAUUUCCCUUCUUGGAAAGGGAGAUUUUACUUGAAAUUUGAAUAAAGGAGAUUUACCUUU